AUGCUCGCGUUAGAACCUGAGCAGGCGAUUCCAAAAGAGGAGCGAUUGCCGAAAGUGGAGGCGACUACAUCGCAGCGCGUACUGACACGUUCGAGCGCCGUCAGCCAAAAGUCCGUCGACGUCGUGGUGCAUCCAGACAGCUCGAACAAUCCACUGCAUAGGUCCAAACUGGCGCCGACCCGCUCCGCGUCCGAAACACAGUCCUCGAGUAAGAAGAUUCUGAACCUGAGGAAGACGAAGAACUCCUCCAUAGAGUCCACCAUGAGCCUGCCCAAUCAGAAGUCGCUGGAGAAGAAGCACGGUGGCCUGAGGCACCAGAAGGCGAUCGGUGCCCAUUCAGACAUAACGCUGAGCACGCAGCCAUCGAUAACGGACGAUAGGAAGGCGCUGAGAGAGGCGCUGUAUCAGGGUAUAUUUCAUAGGCACCGAAGAACAAUUUUCGCUGUUGGAUCCUUCCUCAGGAUGCUCAGGAGCAAAACGUCGAACUACGACUCGAUAAGAUCGGACUCAGACGAGAUA